CCAGCCUAUUGGUUUUCUAUACAACCCAGAGUUGUCUUCUAAAACGGCCUGCUUUUUCACUCCGGGAAUUGUUGACUUGGAGAGGUCGACAACAUGAAACUGCUUAUCGUCUCAGCGCUGCUGGGGUGCCUCGCUACGGCGUAUGCUGCCCCAGCUGAUAUAAAUGUGAAAUGGUGCGUAACGUCGAAACAAGAGAUGGAUAAAUGCAACGACCUCGCAGCCAAGGCGGCGCAGUUUUCAUGCGUAAAGAGGGACGAUUCUUUUGAAUGCAUCAAAGCCAUCAAGGGGGGUGAGGCUGAUGCCAUCACUCUGGAUGCAGAAGAUAUUUACAUAGCUGGCCUCCACCCCCACAACCUGCAGCCCAUCAUUGCAGAGGACUAUGGUGAGGACUCUGAUACCUGCUAUAAUGCCGUGGCCGUGGCCAAGAAGGGCACUGACUUUGGGUUCAACGACCUCCGUGGCAAGAAAUCCUGCCACACCGGCUUUGGCAUGUCAGCAGGCUGGAACAUUCCCAUCGGUACCCUGGUGACUGAGGGCCAGAUCAAAUGGGACGGCAUCGAUGACAAACCUGUGGAGUCGGCGGUGAGCGACUUCUUCAAUGCCAGCUGUGCUCCAGGAGCCCCUAAGGGUUCUAAACUGUGCAAGCUGUGUAAGGGAGACUGCUCCAAGUCUCACAGUGAGCCCUACUAUGACUACGCCGGGGCCUUCCAGUGCCUGAAGGAUGGAGCUGGAGACGUGGCCUUCAUCAAGCACCUGGCUGUACCUGCCGCAGAGAAGGCCAACUACGAGCUACUAUGCAAGGAUGGCACCAGAGCUCCCAUCGACAGCUACAAGACCUGCCACCUUGCCAGAGUACCCGCCCACGCUGUGGUCAGCCGCAAGGACCCUGACCUGGCCAAUCGCAUCUACAACACCCUGGUGGCCGUCAAGGGAUUCAACCUGUUCUCUUCCGAUGGUUAUGCAGCGAAGAACCUGAUGUUCAAGGACUCCACCAAGAAACUAGUGCAGCUUCCCAUGACCACUGACUCCUUCCUCUACCUGGGAGCUGAGUACAUGAGCACCAUCCGCUCCCUGACGAGAGCGCAGGCCACAGGUUCCAUCUCCAGGGCCAUGAAAUGGUGUGCCUUGGGCCAUACCGAGAAGACCAAGUGUGAUGCCUGGACAAUCAACAGCGAAGGAAACGGUGGAUCCAUGAUUGAAUUCCAGGACGCACCCACAGUGGAGGAAUGCAUCAAGAAGAUCAUGCGUAAAGAGGCAGAUGCCAUAAUGGUGGAUAGUGGGCAGGUGUACACUGCUGGAAAAUGUGGUCUGGUCCCUGUCAUGGUGGAGCAGUAUGAUGCAGCUCUGUGCAGCACCCCUGGUGAGGAUUCAUCCUACUAUGCGGUGGCGGUGGCAAAGAAGGGCUCUGGGGUGAACUGGAACAACCUGAAGGGCAAGAGGUCAUGCCACACCGGCUUGGGCAGAACCGCAGGCUGGAACAUACCCAUGGGUCUCAUCUACAACAAGACUAACAACUGCGACUUCACUAAGUACUUCAGUAAGGGCUGUGCUCCUGGAUCUGAGAAGAGCUCUCCCUUCUGUGACCAGUGUAAGGGCAGUGGGAAGGCCGUGGGAGAUGAGGACAAGUGCAAAGCUAAUGCUGACGAGCAGUACUACGGCUACGCUGGAGCCUUCAGAUGUCUGGUUGAAAAUGCUGGAGAUGUUGCCUUCAUAAAACACACUAUUGUACCAGAGAACAGCGAUGGUGAAGGUCCAACUUGGGCAAACGGCCUUAGGUCCACUGACUUUGAACUACUCUGCCUGGACGGUACUACCCAGCCAAUCACUAAUUUCCGUGAUUGCCACCUGGCCAAGGUGCCCGCCCAAGCCGUGAUAACACGCCCAGAGAAGCGCAACGAGGUGUUGUCCUUUCUUCUGGAGCAGCAGGCCAUGUUCGGCUCUAGUGGCAGCGAUCCCUCAUUUAAAAUGUUCCAGUCGGAAAAUGGAAAGAACCUGCUCUUCAAGGAUAAUACAAAGUGUCUCCAGGAGAUCCCAAAAGCACGCAACUACCAGGAUUUCCUUGGGGAAGAGUACAUGAUCGUCAUGCAAUCACUCAGGAAGUGCUCUGACAGUACCUCAGAUCUGGAGAAGUCAUGCACUUUCCAUUCCUGCCAGCAGAAGCAGUAGUGGAGCUCACCUUUGUGGCAAACACACACUCGCUCUCCCAACCCCUCAACGCUCAAGAAACCUAAGCAGUAACUGUAGAUGAAACUGUGAAUUCAUUUGAGAAUGUGUUUCGUACAAAACAACAAGACAAUCUUGUAUGAAACUGUGCUUUACAUUACUUUGAUAAAACAAGUGUUAAAUGAAUUACGCUAAAUUACUAAUAAUGUUUUGCCUUGUAGUUGAACUCUUAACCACACAAGAACUGGUUAUGGUAGUAUUUCUAGGAGAUAACAGUUUUCUGAAAUAAGAAAAUCAGCUUUUUUAUUCUCCUUCCUGCUCAUAAGUUGCAGUCCCACCAAACCAAACACUGAGGUCCAAUUCACAUUUGUUUUGGCUGUUGUUCAAUGAAUUGGCAAACUGCUUUGUCUUACUUUCUUGAAAUAAAGUGUAUGCUUUUUCACAA